AUGACUGAAUUGUCUGUCAACUAUCAAAUGGAUAACGCCUUGCAUAUUUUGUGGGAAAGAAUCAGGGAGAUAUCUAAAUCAAAAGAUUUACCCACUGAGUCUCGAGAUCUUGAAAUUUUAAGAUUAAUGGAUCUGCAAAAUGAUUUGGAUCUUGAAAUCCAAAAGGAACAUGAAAAGAAAUUAAACAACCUAAUACAAUCAUUAGACCUUGAAGAAAUUAACGCUAUUCCGAUAAUGCAAACCGGAUUACAAGCCCAUAUCGAUUUCAAGGUUAACAACAGAAAAGGAGCAAGAGCAAUUUCGUUAAAAGUUAAGGAUGUUAUGGAAAAUCAAGCAAGUUUCCCUGGAUACGGAACGAUCAAGAAAAUAACCCCUCAAACGGCUAAGGAUAUUGCUGACAUGCAAAGUAGAAGAAAGGAAAUGCUUAACGAGCUCGUUUUAAUUGAAAGAAAGGCAGAAAAAUCUCCAGAAGAUAUAGAACGUAAAAAUCAAAUAAUGGAAACCUUAAAAAUGCAACAGGAAAGAAUCAAAGGCGUAUAA